UCAGUAUUGUUUUUCGUUUUGCAGUAAAACGCUAGUUACUCACGCAUAAAUAAAUCAAUAUGUUCUCUCAGAUAUUGUUCAUUACCGUUAUCGUCGCAGCAGUGGUAGCUCAAGAUCAUGGUCACGCGUUCUCAUCCAAUCACAUCUCUCGCCACGACGGACAUCACCAGACUGUGCUCGGCCAUGGUCAUGGACACGAUCACCUUGAUUAUUAUACUCGUCCAAAGUACGAGUUUGAGUACAAAGUAGAGGAUCACCACACUGGCGAUAAGAAGUCACAACACGAGCAGCGUGACGGCGACGUGGUUGUGGGCGGGUUCUAUUUGAACCAGCCGGACGGCUCAGAUAGACACGUGGACUAUCAUGCGGACCACCAUAGCGGAUUUCAUGCGGAUGUCUCCUGUUUGGUCCUGCUCGUCGUCGUAGUGGCAGUGCAGGGUUAUGGGCAUGCCUUCUCAUCGAAUCAUAUCUCACGGCACGACGGACAUCACGAGGCUGUGCAUGGACAUGACCACGGACAUCAUGAUUAUUAUACUCAUCCUAAGUACGAGUUCGAGUACAAAGUGGAGGAUGGUCACACGGGCGAUAUUAAGUCACAGCACGAGCAUCGUGACGGGGAUGUAGUGAAGGGAGGCUAUUCUCUGCACCAGCCCGACGGCUCUCACAGACAUGUGCACUAUCAUGCUGAUGAUCAUACCGGAUUUCACGCGGACGUGAAAUACAGCACCCAUCACAUUGUGCCACAUCAUCAUCAUUAGUGUUACUAUUACAGAUAU